AUGCCUGAAAUGGACAGUUCAACAAUGUUUAAUUCUAUGAAAUGGUCUCUUUAUCCAACCGACUCCUUUGAACACUUCACCUUCGAGGUGCCUUGGUGGGCGCGAAUUGUGUUGCUCCUCGACUUUGCCGUAUUCCUGCCCCUUAUUGUUGUCUUAAACUACACCUUGCCUCAUGUCUAUCCAGUCUUUGCCAUUACACAAGACGAGGAACCUAUGAGACACGGUUCCCUCAAUCUCAAUGAUGUUCACAAGAAAUCAUCAUCCCCCUUUCUUCCACGAACAAACACGUCGUCUCCAUCCGCCAUCUAUCGACUCCUCGUGAACAACGGCGGCAUUUUAGCCAACUUUCGCGGCCUCACCCUUGCUCUAUUGCAAUCGAUUACCACGUCGAGUCUUCUUGGUUACUACGGCCGAUUUCUGGGCUUUAAAUAUCACAUCGGGGCAAGAUUGCUCUGUUCCCUUUUGACGGUUCAAUUCUCCACACUGUGGCUGCACCUCGUCAUCGCUCAAACAACCAACCGAUCGUUCUGGAGCCGCGUGCCUCCCUUUAAGCGUACUUUGCAGGCAACCUGGCGAGCGACUAUCCUCCACUGGGCUGCGGUAGAGUUUACAGGCCGGUUUCCUUCCAUGGUCGCUUCACGCAUGAACAUCGAUUGGCCCUCUCCCGGCCUCUUUGGGCCGGACAAUACCUACAGCUUUCGCCUAGACAUGGCCGCUGGGGAUGCUGUCUUCUAUUUCAAGUGUGCCGCCAUCAUCUUCGCCAGCGUCGUCAGCUCCAUAUUUUUCGUUGUUCCGAGUCAAGUGGUCCUACUGCGAAUCCAGGCGUCUCUUCUCCCUGUGGAAGACGGCACCAUUAUUCCCUUUGACCGUUCUUUCAAGGGUCGGAUCCAAGCGGCUCGUAUGAAUGGUCGGGAUUAUGCCACGAUCUCAGAUGCGUGGCGUAGUUUCUCUUGGGCCAAUUGGCGGGGUUUGAUAUUGCUUUCCUACAAGAUCAUCUUUCUUUCUCUGUCGCUGAUCUUGUUGAUGUGUGUGGUUAUCGGAUUGCAAUGGGUGAUGAUUGUGACGCAAUCUAUGGAAAUUAACGAGUACCUCUAG